UUAGGCGGAUUCACAACAACAGCUGUGUUUUUGUUUUGAUGACGUUGGAACGUGCUUAUUAUUUUUUUAGUAUGUUUAUCCCCUCAUAGUGAUAGUUUUACGUCUAACGCAAAUUGACGACAUCCAUGCUACGAUUUCUACACGACUUCACAUGUGCGCUGCAUCACCACCGGGCAGAUAAAUGGCGGACGCUUUGCGAGCGGUGCUUCGUGGGGUCGUUCGCGGCAUGCGCGACGCCAUCUUAGGCAUGGGCGUGCUCCACAAGCUGUAUGACACACAGAUUGAAGAGGUGGAGGUGAAGAAGGAAGCCACGAGCGUGCUGGCACGGAGAAGAGAGGCUGCCAAGGCUGAGAGCGAGAAAACAACAUCAGCAACACCAAAGAGCAAUCCUCCAAAGCUUUUCCAUAGAAUCAUUCAGUGCUGUGCACUGAACGGAGGGGUGUUUUGGCUGAGUAUAGUAAUUUUCUACAAACUGGUGCUUCCGUUUCUACACUUCGUCACGCAUUUCUUUCUCAGUGAGGCUGCACUGCACAGCACCGUGUGGUCGUACGUCGCGCCGUCUCUGUCCUACACAUUCAGCGCUCUGUGGGUGCUUCCAUUAUUCCUACUGAGCAAGAUCGUCAAUAGCCUCUGGUUUCAGGACAUCGCGGACGCCGCCUACAAGAAAACGCGGGGCAAGCCGCAGCUGAUGCCCAGCGUUAGCCGCCUCAUAGCCGACAUUCUCUUCAGCCUUCUCGUGCAGGCGCUCUUUCUCGUGCAGGUAAGCGUUGCGGUCGUAAUCCGUGUUCGUCCGCGAUCGUCCGUGCUCGGGCGGAUUGGCGAAUCUUGUUGUUUAAUGCAUUUUUCUCGUUCUUUCCGCUUGCCGUUUCCAGGUUGGGAGGUGCAGAAGAGGAUCAGCUACAUCGAGAUGCACUGGCCUUACUUCAUCGGUUUCGGCCUUCCCCUCGCAGUACUCACGGCUCUGCCUUCCUCUCUGGUCGUCAGUGGCUGUGUGUUCUCCAUCUUGUUUCCAUUGUUCAUCAUCAGUGCAAACGAGGCGGCACCCAUCUCUGAAAUUUAUACUGACACUCCGCUGCAGCUGUUUGCGUUGAGCGUGCGCGUGUCAAAUGCCAUCUUCAGGACCAGCGUGCGGCGUACGACCCCGCAGACGCCGACGCACGGUACGCCGAGACACGUGCCGCCCCCUGGCGAGGAGCUUCACACCCCGACGAGCACACCGGAACGACAGCGUCCGUCGCCGCGGCAACGGCGACACGUACGAAUUCAGGAAGAUUGAGCACCAGAACACUAAGCCAUAUAUACAUACUGGUUGGGGAAAGAGCGAGUGAAUGAGAAAGAGAGAAGGGGGGGCGAGAGAGAGAGAG